AUGGAGAUACUUUCGUACAUUCCUGCCGCGUUAAACUUCUUGGAUCGCGUCCACGUCGACCCCUUCAAGCUCUUAGAUUCGGAAGAUGAAGGGACAGACUCUGAAGAUAACGACGAGAAGGAUAGCUCUGAGCCCGGAUGGUACACUAUGGGGCUAGCUCAAAGCUGCCAUGACUACGGCAACUGUCUGGCCGAGCUUCGCUUCCGCAACGGCUGCGCCCGUUUCUGCUCCAGCCGUCCAUGGAACUGCUUCGACGUUCUACGCGUAUGCAAGCAUUGGCGGGCCACUGCUUACUCGUGGCCUCAGUUCUGGACGAACAUCGCCAUUCAGAACUACGACACCGUCAUGCGCUCGCUGAAGUUGUCGGGAACCCUUCCGAUCACCAUCCAUUCAUCGAACCCAUCGCACGGGGAGAUGCGGAAGUCGCCCUCGACCGAAGCUCUCAAUGCCGCUCUGAGUGAGCUGCAUCGCGUCCGCGUUCUGGACAUAUCCUUCUUCUCAUUCUCCGACUCAAAUUGGGGAGAAUGGACCAGACCGAUCAUCUCUCAUCUGCGCCGAUUGCCAGCUUCUCAGUUGGUCACCCUGCGGCUGAAGUUGGAGCGAAGCUCUUCGGACGAGCCUGUCAAAGUCAAGACCGUCAAUUGGACUGAGCAGAUGUUCCCGAGAUUGCACACUCUCGAACUACAUUCGGCAAAGCUCUACGCUCCCUGCGCUCUGAUCGCGCCUACGCUCUCGGAGUUGACACUGACAGACUGUGAGGCACCUUGGAACAGUGCUGCCGACUUCUUGCGCGCAUUGUCGCUUCUUCCCCAGCUGCAGAUACUCUCCAUCACAAGAAUGGACAACCCAAGAGACUUCGACGACCACCGCCUGAAGCAGCCUGGCGACCUCAGGCUACCGAUAGUCAUGGCUCAUCUUCGCUCGAUAGAGCUUUCCGGCUCUUUUCGCUUCGUAAAUCGUGUCCUCUCCGUAGUCAAGUUCCCGCUCGACUCCACAACGCUCAAACUGUACUACGAGUACGACGCCCACGGUGUGGACCUCGGUCAUGACUCGGACUCAGCCCUCGAGGCAGCGCGUAACAUGUUCGCAGAGUACGCGCUUGCGAUGCCGCCCCGCUCGUUCUUCGACUCAGUGGACCUCGACUUUGACCUCGACGAGCGCGUAAUCGGGAUUACCCUCACGCAGCCCGACCCCAGCAACAUCACCGUGAGCCUUCGGCACUCUUGGCAUGAAGAUCACGACCACCACGCUGGCGACAUACUAUCUUUUAUUCGCCAAACGAGCAGUCCGCUCUUCUCGACAGAGCGGAUGACAUCCUUGGCGAUACUCUCGACUGGAUACUUCGAUACCAUCACACAGCAUUCGCCCACGUUUACCCCGGACGCAUGCUACGAUUGGGUGGCUGGCCUGUCGGCGCUUCGUUUCAUAAGGCUCUCGAGUCAAGCCGUGACCACCUUCAUCGCGUGGAUGGUCCACCGAUUGAACACGGCCGCGGGCCUUUCGGACUCAGGUGACGAUGUCGCAGAAGACGAAUCAGACUCCGAGAACGACAACGUCAAGCGAUCAUACCACAGAAGUCGGUACCUCUCGUUGCUGGACAUGCCCAAGCCCAGACGCAGAAUCAGGCCCACAAUCAUAUUCCCCGCCCUUCGCUGCCUGCUCCUUAACGAGUGUGAUCUCCAGGGCUCGGCUGGCGAGAAUGAAGCGGGAGAAGACGACCUCUUGUUCACCUACCUCUGGCUCUACCUCCACGCGCAGACUCCGAAGCUAGUGCUGGUCGAUACGGAGUUGACACACCGCAUGCUACGCGAGCUGAGGCGUAUGUUGGGACCCUCGCGGUUUGAGGAGCGCAGCGUGUGGCCAGUGUCAGAUGAACCCUACAUUGAGGUAUCGCGUAGUUGGGCCAGGAAAGGAGAGGAAGAGUUGCGAAUACACGACAAGAGCUGGACGAAGAUCAUCAAACUACCACGAUGGGGUCUUCUACCUGACUCUGAGGUGGACGAUGAGAGCAAGGGGUCUUAG